GCUGAUCAAUAAAAAAGAUAUGGCAAAUAUUAUAGUUUACCUGGUAUUUGCGGCUGCCAUUGCAAUCCCAUCAUGCAAAGCUAAUAAUAGUGCAACAUUUGCCUUCCUCGAACGAUGGCACGGGGGCUUCAAGGCACAGGUCAAAGUAACUGUGUCUGGAAACUAUAAUGGGUGGACACUGUCUCUAAGCUUUGAUGAACCUGUUUACAGUGUACAGAACUGGGUAGCUGAUCUUACAAGCGUCUGGAGCAAUUUCUAUGGAUUUGAAUUCAGAUCCAAUACACCUGUAUGGCCAGGCUACGUCAUCGACAUGAUCAUCAUUGGAGAUGCUGGCCAAAGUGGUGUCCAGCCAAAGGAAAUUGGAGUCAAGUUCAACGAGGUUGUCAUCCUAAACGGAGGACAGUUCGGCGGAAGUAUUGGCAUCCCAGUGGCGACCACAACCCCUACAGUAACUAUUGACAAUAAUAACAAUGGCAAGUACAAUUACGUUGAGGCACUGGAGAAAUCUAUCCUGUUCUAUGAAGCCCAGAGAUCAGGGAAGUUGCCACCUGAUAACCGUGUCCCAUGGAGGGGCGACUCAGCGCUUGGAGAUGGUAGCGACGUAGGAAAGGAUCUAACAGGAGGAUGGUACGAUGCGGGCGACACCGUUAAGUUCAACUUCCCCAUGGCUUGGUCUACAACUACCCUCAUCUGGGGACUCCUUCAGUACAGGGAUGCCUACAAGAGUAGCGGCCAAUACAAUUGGAUGCUGAAGUCGGUGCGAUGGCCACUGGAGUACUUUGUCAAGUGCCAUGUGUCAGACAAUGAACUGUAUGGACAGGUCGGAAAUGGUCACACUGAUCACGCGAGUUGGAUCCCAGCCGAGGGAAUGACAAUGAAUCGCCCAUCAUAUAAAAUCCACGCUGGUGCACCAGGUUCUGACCUCGCUGGGGAGACUGCCGCUGCCAUGGCCGCUGGCUACCUCGUCUUUAGGGAUGAAGAUCCGGCAUUCGCAGCAACUCUUCUGGAUCACGCCAAGAGGUUGUACGCAUUUGCUGAUGGAUACAGAGGUUACUACAGCCAGUCUAUCCCAGAUGCCCAGAGCUUCUACGGGUCUACUGACUACACUGAUGAACUCUGCUGGGCUGCUGCGUGGCUUUAUCUUGCGACGAACGAUGCUGGUUACUUGGCAAAGGCUCAAUCAUUCUAUGACAGCGCUGUUCCAUGGGCAUUCUCAUGGGCAGACAAACAACCUGGAUACAUGGUACUUUUAGCCCAGAUUACAGGCGAUGACAAAUACAAACAGGACGUGGCGGGCUUCCUCAACAGCUGGUCGCGCACUGGUGGUGGAGUCACCUACACUCCAAAGGGGCUCGCUUGGCGAGAUGCCUGGGGCUCCUUACGAUACUCUGGAAAUGCCGCCUUUAUUGCCCUAAUGGCAGCUGACCUUGGAGUGGAUCCUAGUAAAUCACGUGACUUUGCCAGGAGUCAGAUUCACUAUGCGCUGGGAGACACUGGUCGCAGCUACGUCGUUGGCUACGGAUACAACCCUCCUCAACGCUGUCAUCACAAAGGAGCUUCCUGUCCCCAGUGGCAUUCCUGUGGAUGGAAUUACUACAACAGUGGAAGCGCAAAUGUGCAUACUAUAUAUGGAGCCUUGGUAGGAGGACCGGACAAGUAUGAUGGCUACAGUGACGACCGUACAAAGUAUGAGCAUACUGAAGUGGCAUGUGAUUACAAUGCCGGAUACCAGGGUGCGCUCGCAGGACUUAUCGCCUUGGCAAACGGAAAGUAGAGAGGACUAUACAAGGUCAUAAACGGCGUGUCCGCCAUAUAUCUGAUGUUGGGUAUUUAGGCGUAAAAUCCAAACUAAUUAUUGCAAAAACAAUAAAAAUGAUAUAGCGAUUUUAGUUCA